CCCUGGCGAACCCGCCCGGGAACUCUGCGGGAGUCCCGGCUGCUCCGCUCCCAGAGACCUAGGAGUUGGGCCCGGCGUCCACCCCGGAGCUGCAAGAUGAUCCCCGUGGCCGAGUUCAAGCAAUUUGCGGAACAGCAGCCGGCGUUCAAGGUGCUCAAACCCUGGUGGGAUGUGCUGGCCGAGUACCUCACCAUAGCGAUGCUUAUGAUUGGGGUCUUUGGCUGUACCCUCCAGGUGACACAGGACAAGAUCAUCUGUCUGCCCAGUCAUGAACCCCGGGAGAACCUAUCAGAGGCUCCGUGCCGGCAACUAUUGCCUCGGGGGGUCUCCGAGCAGAUGGGAGGUCUCCAGCAGCUCAGCGGCCUCAAGAACAACCUGGACCUGCAGCAGUACAGCUUCAUCAACCAGCUGUGCUACGAGACCGCCCUCCACUGGUACGCCAAGUACUUUCCCUACCUCGUGGUCAUCCACACACUCAUCUUCAUGGUCUGCACCAGCUUCUGGUUCAAGUUCCCUGGCACCAGCUCCAAGAUCGAACACUUCAUCUCCAUCCUGGGCAAGUGUUUUGAUUCACCGUGGACCACACGGGCCUUGUCUGAGGUCUCUGGAGAGAACCACAAGGGCCCGGCUGCCGGACGGGCUGCAGCGACCGUGGUGACCACAGCAGGGACAGGGACAGGGAAGACAGGUGAGGGAGAGAAGGAAAAGGUGCUGGCAGAGCCUGAGAAGGUGGUGACUGAACCCCCUGCCGUCACCCUGCUGGACAAAAAGGAGGGCGAGCAGGCCAAAGCCCUGUUUGAGAAGGUCAAGAAAUUCCGGGUGCACGUGGAAGAGGGUGACAUCCUCUACACCAUGUACAUCCGGCAGACGGUGCUCAAAGUCUGCAAGUUCUUAGCCAUCCUGGUUUACAACCUGGUUUAUGUGGAGAAGAUCAGUUUUCUGGUGGCCUGUCGGGUGGAGACCUCAGAAGUCACCGGGUAUGCCAGCUUCUGCUGCAACCACACCAAGGCCCACCUCUUCUCCAAGCUGGCCUUCUGUUACAUCUCCUUCGUCUGCGUCUAUGGCAUCACCUGCCUGUACACCCUCUAUUGGCUGUUCCACCGGCCCCUCAAGGAGUACUCCUUCCGUUCUGUGCGGGAAGAGACAGGCAUGAACGACAUCCCUGACGUCAAGAACGACUUUGCCUUCAUGCUGCACCUCAUAGACCAGUAUGACUCGCUCUACUCCAAGCGCUUCGCUGUCUUCCUCUCAGAGGUCAGUGAGAGCCGCCUGAAGCAACUCAACCUCAACCACGAGUGGACACCUGAGAAGCUUCGGCAGAAGCUGCAGCGCAAUGCGUGGGGCCGGCUGGAGCUGGCCCUCUGCAUGCUCCCUGGGCUGCCAGACACUGUCUUCGAGCUCAGUGAGGUGGAGGCGCUCCGGCUGGAGGCCAUCUGUGAUAUCACCUUCCCCCCGGGCCUCUCGCAGCUGGUUCACCUUCAGGAGCUCAGCUUGCUCCACUCUCCUGCCCGGCUGCCCUUCUCCUCACAGAUCUUUCUGCGGGACCGCCUGAAGGUGAUCCGCGUCAAAUGCGAAGAGCUCCGCGAAGUGCCCCUUUGGGUGUUCGGGCUGCGUGGCUUGGAGGAGCUGCACCUAGAGGGACUGUUUCCUCCAGAGCUGGCUCGGGCUGCCACCCUUGAGAGCCUCCGGGAGCUGAAGCAGCUCAAAGUGUUGUCCCUACGCAGCAAUGCCGGGAAGGUGCCAGCCAGCGUGACUGAUGUGGCAGGGCACCUGCAGCGGCUCAGUCUGCACAAUGACGGGGCCCGCUUGCUUGCCCUCAACAGCCUCAAGAAGCUGGUGGUACUGCGGGAGCUGGAGCUGGUGGCCUGCGGGCUGGAGCGCAUCCCCCAUGCCAUCUUCAGCCUAGGUGCGCUGCAGGAGCUGGACCUCAAAGACAACCAUCUGCGGUCCAUCGAGGAGAUCCUUAGCUUCCAGCACUGUCGGAAGCUGGUCACACUCAGGCUGUGGCACAACCAGAUCGCCUAUAUCCCCGAGCAUGUGCGGAAGCUCAGGAGCCUUGAGCAGCUCUAUCUCAGCCACAAUAAGCUUGAGACCCUGCCGACUCAGCUCGGCCUGUGCUUUGGCCUCCGGUUGYUGGAUGUGUCGCACAAUGGGCUGCGUUCCCUGCCACCCGAGGUGGGUCUCCUCCAGAACCUGCAGCACCUGGCUCUCUCCUACAAUGCCCUCGAGGCCUUGCCAGAGGAGCUGUUCUUCUGCCGAAAGCUUCGGACAUUGCUUCUGGGUUACAACCACCUGAGCCACCUCUCACCCCACAUUGCUGCCCUCAGGGCCCUCAGCCGCCURGAGCUCAAGGGCAACCGUUUGGAGGCACUGCCAGAAGAACUCGGCAGCUGCACGGGACUCAAGAAGGCGGGACUGCUGGUGGAGGAUACCCUUUAUGAGGGUCUUCCUGCAGAGGUGCGGGAGAGGAUGGAGGAGGAAUGAAGACAGGGUGGAGAAGGUGAAGGUAGAGGCCUUUGGAUGCUUCUGCCCUAGCAGUGUCUUCCAUGAGAAAGGGCCACUGGGUCCAGCCAGGAGAGGAGAGGCAGACAUGUCAGCUUUGUGGGGUCCAGGAAAGAUCCUGGGACUGGUUUGUCUAGAGAGACACAGGAAGUUGUGGAUUUGGGGUGGAACCCCAUACAAAAGGAUUAACUCAAGAAUUCUCAGACAAAAGCCACACCUGUGUCUUUGGCUGGUUGGCAUGCCCUCCCUCUGGACAUUCCAGCUCAAUUAGUGUCACAUAUGGGAGUGGGGACACAUCCCGAUGGGAUUUCCAACCCUCCCACCACCAACAAGCAGCUUACAUCUGGGGUUCUCUCCCAAGGAGAGGAUACAGACACAAGGGACCAGCUCCCCAACCUCCACCCCAACUUUGAUGCUAAGUCUUUAUUUAUGAGUCCUUUGCUACAGACAUGUAUGUGUACCAAGAACAAUCGUCCUCCUAUCUGGUUAUGUGCCAAAAUCAACUGAGGGGCUAGGACAAAACAGAACAUCUCAGGCCCCACCCUUGAAAGACUCAUUCAGGAGCUUGGGUGGGGGCCAGGGACCUGCUAAUAAAUAAGCAUGCUAAGUAAUUAUGAUGCAGGUAGUCCUAAGCCUCUAUGAUGGAAACACUAACCUAAAGAAUAGCUACCGGAAUGUCUAGAUUCUGUGCCACUUUUAGAUUCUGGCCCUUUGAGAACCCAGUGAAAGCUGGGCACCUCCUUCCUUAGGAAAAAAACGCUCCUGUCACGCACAUGCAAAACUCUGCCAGCCACCUCAGGCAAUUGACAGUUCUCCCAGAGGACUAUUCAUGGACUUCCUAAGGUUGGCCAACACCUGCUGUGGAGUCUACAUUCUUCUGAGGACAGGCAAGGGCUUUAUUUUUGGAUGUUCCCUGAGU